AUGGCCGUCGUUGAACCCGAGCAACAUUGGCUGCGACCUACACCCCACGUUCCCAACUCGAAACUCCCAUUUCUGGUGUACCGAGGUGUGUUCAAGGGCCAGAGCGCCGACGAGAUGAAGAGGCACAUCGAGGCAAACAAAUGGCUGAAGGGAGGCCAAUGGAAAACGUACAAGAUUGCACAUUUCCAUACCAACACGCAUGAAUGCUACGCUGUCUUGAGCGGAGAGACCCUAUACGAAGUUGGCAAAUCACCCAUUGACGAUGAGUUCGACGCCGACGGUAAGAGAACUGGGCUCAGGGUGUGGCUAGAACAGGGUGACGUUUUUGUUCUCCCGGUACGAGAUAUACCUCUUCUCAAAGGAUUUGGUUCAUUGAUAUGUUGGAAUUAA